AAACAGGAGCAAGAGGAACCAGAACCUCUGCAGAUAAAACAGGAACAAGAGGAACCAGAACCUCUGCAGAUAAAACAGGAACAAGAGGAACCAGAACCUCUGCAGAUAAAACAGGAGCAAGAGGAACCAGAACCUCUGCAGAUAAAACAGGAACAAGAGGAACCGGAACAUCAAGAGUUGAAAGAGGAAGAGAAGCAACUCUGCAUCAGUCAGGAUGAAGAGCAUCUGGUGUUGAAACUGGAGACUGAUGACAUUUUGGUGAAUCCUCUAAAUGUGCAAAUAAUCUACAAUGAAACAGAACCACAGAGGAACCAACUCAUCUCUCAUGGCUCUGCUGAGGAUGAGAACCAGGAUCAGGAAGGAAGCAAUUCUGAAGAUCCAGGAGAACAGAAAGACGAAAAACAAAAACACAACAAAAGAUGCCAGAAAGAUCUCUCACAAUGCAGUGAAGAGGAGGAGGUUCUCAAUGAAACAGAACCACAGAGGAACCAACUCAUCCCUCAUGGCUCUGCAGAAACUGAGAACCAGGAUCAGGAAGGAAGCAAUUCUGAAGACCCAGGAAAAAAGAGAAAGGAAGAACAGAAACAAAAGGAGAGAUAUGAGAAAACCAAACAGCAGAAAGACAGAACUGACACUGAAAAACAAAAAAAGCAAAAGAAAGCUCAGCAAGGGCAAAAAUUAUAUUCCUGUAAAAUUUGUGAUAAAACCUUUUCUCUAAACGGUAACUUGAAGAGACACAUGAGAACUCACACAGGAGUAAAACCUUUCACUUGUUCAACCUGUGGGAAAAGUUACAGACAAAAACAUGGUUUAAUCCGUCACAUGAAGAUUCACACAGGAGAAAAUCUGGCCAUAUGUGUAACCUGUGGAAAAGGUUUCCAUGACACCAACUAUUUAAAGAGACACAUGAGAAUUCACACAAGUGAGAAGCCUUUCUCCUGUAUGACAUGUGGAAAGAGUUUCAGUGAAAGAGGGACUUUAAUUCAGCACAUGAGAAUUCACACAGGUGAGAAACGUUUCUCGUGUGGGACUUGUGAAAAACAUUUCACCAACAGAAGCAAUUUAAAUACUCAUGUAAAAAUUCACACUGGUGAGAAACCUUUCUCUUGUUUGAUCUGUGGAAAGAGUUACAGUGUAAGAAAGCUUUUAACUUGUCACGUGAGAAUUCACACAGGCGAGAAGCCUUUUUCAUGUUGGACCUGUGGAAAAAGUUUUCCUCGAAAAUACACUUUAACUGUUCACAUGAGAAUUCACAAAGGUGAGAAGCCUUUCUCUUGUGGUACCUGGAAAAAGUUUUACUCGAAAAGACACUUUAAUUGCUCAUAUCAAAAUUCACACAGGUGAGAAGCCUUUCUCUUGUGGGACCUGUGGAAAAAGUUACAAUCAUAGACAAAGUUUAACUCAUCAUAUGAGCAUUCACACAGGUGUGACUCCUUUCUCUUGUGGAAUCUGUGGAAAGAGUUACAGUAUAAGAAAGUAUUUAACUACUCACAUGAGAAUUCACACAGGUGAGAAGCCUUUCUCUUGUGGGACCUGUGGAAAGAGUUACAUUCAAAGACAGAGUUUAAUUUGUCACAUCAGAAUUCACACAGGUGAGAAGCCUUUCUCUUGUGGGACUUGUGGAAAGAGUUUCAGACGUAGAAGUAGUUUAACUUAUCACAUGAAGAUUCACACAGAGUAGAACACUUUGGCUCGAAACAGAGCCUAUCCUUUUGCAUCUGAUCCAAUGGAAAAUCUAGUGGGAUUUAAAAAGUCAGCAAGGGCAAAAAUUUAAAAAACUAAAAAACAUUAAUGUCAGCAGGGCCUUGCCGUUUACUUUUGUUUCAUUGUAUCUGUGUCUUUCACUUCCAAACCAAG